AUGCAGUAUGCUGUUGAAGGGAUGCACGUCAUAACUGUUGAAGGCAUCGGCAACGCCAGAGAUGGGCUGCAUCCAGUGCAGGAACGAUUGUCCAAGGCACAUGGCUCACAGUGUGGCUUCUGCACACCUGGCUUUGUAAUGUCCAUGUAUUCACUCUUGAGGAACACACGCGGUAGCCCCACAGAGCUGCAAAUCGAAGAAUGUUUGGCAGGAAACCUCUGUCGCUGCACAGGGUAUCGCCCCAUUCUGGAUGCUUUCAAAGGAUUUGCCCAGCCCUCAGCAACUUCCUACACAAGAGAGACAAUCAGAAGCGAUGGGGGGCUGGAGUGUGCCAACGGACACAUCAAAGAAGCCAAAGGAGAAUCAGGAGCAAUGGAAAACGGGAAAUUGGAAGCCAGUGGUGUGCAGAUAUGCCCCACGACUGGACAGCCGUGCUCUUGUACAAAACCAGGGCCACUGUGUGCAACCAGUGUCAAGAAUGGUGUGGAAGAGGGGCUGAUGUCAAGCAAGGAGCCCAUCUUUCCAGUUGAGCUCAGAAAGCAUGUGCCAGCGUCUCUGGCGUUGCCUGGAACGACCUCCACUUGGCAUCGGCCAGUGACAAUGCCAGAACUGCUGGGUCUGAAGGCUCAGCACCCAUCGGCCAAGUUGGUGGGUGGAAACACGGAGGUGGGCAUCGAAAUGAAGUUCAAGCAUGCAGACUACCCUGUCCUCAUCGCAGUGACGCACGUGCCUGAGCUCAAGAAGAUGGAAGUUGAAGACGAUGGCGUGCGAGUGGGAGCAUCCUGCACUUUGACCCAGAUUUACCAGCUCCUCAGUGGCCUUGCAGAUGAGAUUCCAAAGUACAAACUGUCUGCCUUUGAGGCCAUCUGCGGCCAGCUGCGUUGGUUUGCUGGCCACCAGAUAAGGAACGUCGCAACCCUUGGAGGGAACAUCGUCACGGGCAGCCCGAUCUCGGACCUCAAUCCAGUGCUGAUUGCAUCUGGGGCAGUAUUCAGCAUUGCCGCCGAGUCGAGCGUGGACAGGAAAGUCCCUGCGCGAGCAUUCUUCUUGGGCUACAGAAAAGUCGACUUAAAACCCAGCGAAGUUCUUGUGGACAUUUUUAUACCAUUCACGAGGCGCCAAGAGUAUGUGAGAGAGUUUAAGCAGGCGCAUCGCAGGGAAGACGACAUCGCCAUUGUCACCGCGGGCAUGAGGGUAUGGCUGUCAGAUGACUUUGUUGUCAAAGAGGCAGGCAUUUCCUAUGGAGGGGUGGCAGCAAAGACUGUCACUGCAUCCAAAGUAGAGCAAGCUUUGGUUGGCUGUCUUUGGGGCAAGGAGGCUAUGAAGAUGGCACUGGACGCUGUCAAGGAGGAGGUGUGUGUUCCGGUGGGAGCUCCUGGUGGGAUGGCAGAGUUUCGAAAUUCUCUGGCAGCUUCCUUCCUGUUCAAGUUCUUCAUGAGGGUCUCCUAUGAUCUUGAGGCUGAUUCUCCAGCAUUCAAGCACACAUUUGGACAGGACUGUCAGUCAGCAGUUGAGGAAUUCGACCGUCCCCCAUCUUGUGGCACGCAGUACUUCGCUGAGCCCACCAGCGAGUUUGACAUUGUUGGGAAGCCGGAAAGACACAGAUCAGCAGACGUUCAGGUGUCUGGCGAAGCUCAAUACACAGACGACAUACCAGUCAGUGGCUGCCUCCAUGCAGCACUCGUGACCAGCUCCAAGCCGCAUGCUCUCAUCGUCUCCGUCGAUCCUUCUGAUGCACUCCUUGUUCCAGGUGUUCAUGGCUACUUUGACCAUAAGCAUGUGCCUGGGAACAACAUGUGGGGCCCUAUCCUGCACGAUGAGGAAUUGUUCGCAACAGAGAUCGUUACAUGCGUUGGCCAGGUGAUUGGCGUCAUUGUGGGAGAGACACAGGCCAUAGCCCAGAGGGCUGCGCGGUUGGUGAGCGUGGAGUACGAUGAGCUGCCAGCGAUACUCUCCAUUGCAGACGCAAUAGAAGCUGAGAGCUUCUUCCCAAGCUACAGAGGCCAAAUAGACUGUGGAGAUGUGGACAAGGCCUUCCUGGACUGUGACCAUGAAAUAAGUGGGGAGUUUGAGUGCGGAGGUCAAGAGCACUUCUACUUGGAACCCCAAACGUGUGUAGUGCUGCCACAGGAGAACGAGGAAUUGUUGAUGUAUGCCUCCACACAGGCCCUAUAUCACCAUGCAGAAACAGUGGCGGAGACGUUGGGCAUCCCAAUCAACAAGGUGGUGUGCAAGACUAAGAGAAUCGGAGGCGGUUUCGGAGGGAAGGAGACACGAUCCGAAUUCUUGAAUGCAGUGACAGCUGUGGCAGCUUGGAGUCUGCGCAAGCCUGUUCGCCUUUGUUUGGACAGGGAUGAAGAUAUGAAGAUAACAGGCCAGCGUCAUGCAUUCAUCGCCAAGUAUCGCGUUGGUUUCAACAAGGACGGUCGCAUCAUUGCUGUGGACCUCAAGUGUUACAGCAAUGCGGGCAACUCGCUGGACCUGUCACCCCCAAUAAUGGAUCGCUGCCUGAGCCACUCCGACUGCACCUACAGAAUUCCCAACAUGCGGGCCCGGGGCUUCCUGUGCAAGAUGAACAUUCCCUCCAACACAGCCUUCCGGGGUUUUGGAGGCCCCCAGGGGAUGCUGUUUGCAGAUAUGUGGCUGGACCGGGUGGCGUUGAGUUUAGGCAAGCGACCAGAGGAAAUUAGAGAGGUGAACAUGUACUGUGAGGGGGAACUCACGCACUUUGGGCAACCCCUGGAAUCGUGCCAGAUUCGAAGUUGCUGGGAAGAGGUCUUGAGCCGCUCCGAUUACGAGAUGAGGAAGGCCAAAGUCCAGGAGUUUAAUUCGAAUAGCAGGUUCAAAAAACGAGGUAUUGCCGUAACCACCACGAAGUUUGGCAUCGCAUUCACACUGUACCUUAUGAACCAGGCUGGGGCACUGGUGCACGUCUACACCGAUGGCUCCGUACUGGUCACCCAUGGAGGCGUCGAAAUGGGGCAGGGGCUGCACACAAAAAUGUGCCAAGUGGCAGCUCAGGCUCUCGGUGUGCCCUUUGAGACUGUCCACAUUUCCGAAACGUCCACUGACAAGGUGGCAAAUGCAUCACCCUCUGCUGCCUCCCAAAGCUCCGACCUCUAUGGUGGUGCUGUCAUGGAUGCAUGCAAGCAGAUCGCAGAUCGGCUAGCGCCCUAUCGCUCCCAAUCUCCCGAUGCUCCCUUCGUUGAGAUUGUCAAGAAGGCAUACGCUGACCGUGUCGACCUUAGCGCUCAUGGAUUUUUCAUCACACCAGAUGUCACGGGUUGGGGAGGCAAGCGGCCGUUCAACUACUUCUGCUAUGGGGCUGCCUGUUCCGAAGUGGAACUGGACGUGCUAACGGGCGAUUGGCACAUCCUGCGGACAGAUAUUGUAAUGGAUGUAGGAAAUCCACUAAACCCAGCCAUUGACAUUGGCCAGGUGGAGGGCGGGUUUGUGCAGGGCAUGGGCUGGCUGUGCCUGGAGGAGCUCGUGUGGGGCGACAAGGCCAACGCGUGGGUCCGCCCGGGCCACCUGCAGACCUGCGGCCCCGGCACUUACAAGAUCCCGACCGCCAACGACAUACCCAUCGACUUCCGGGUGAGCCUCCUGCGCAACGCCGCCAACCCGCGCGCCGUGCACUCCUCCAAGGCCGUCGGGGAGCCGCCCUUCUACCUGUCGGCCUCGGCUUUCUUCGCGCUGAAGGACGCCUGCUACUCGGCCAGGCGGGCCGCCGGCCUGGAGGGCUGGUUCGACCUCAAGGCGCCGGCCACGCCGGAGAGGCUCAGGCUGGCGUGCGGGCGCACGGACGUCGAGUCGCUGAAGGAAGAGUUGUGA